UGUCUGCAAAAAUAUGCAGAGAAAAGCGGAGCAGAAAACCCUGAUCUCCUGAGGUCAACUAAAUUAAGAAAACAGGUUGCCACACUCUGCCAACUGCUGGAUCUGAGUGAACAAGAGCUAGAACAAGUUGCAAGGUUCAUGGGGCAUGACCUCAGAGUCCACCGUGACUUUUACAGACAGACAGACAAAACAUUUCAAAUUGCCAAGAUAAGCAAGCUUCUAUUUGCAAUGGAACAAGGCGCCUCCACCUUCAAGGGAAAGAACCUUGAUACAAUUGAUCCUUCUGUCUGUGGUACAUGUCCCACGUCGACUUCUGAGAGUGUCCCACAGAGAGAAAGGAAACAAGUUAACGAGGUGGAUGAAGAUGGAGGUUCUGACUUCUUCUCCCCCAAAAGGAGACUGGAGCCCCUCAGUAAAGAUGGGAGUUCAGGUGUAGAUGAUCAGAGUCCAGGAAAAAGCCUGGUGCUGAGGCCCUCACAGAAGAAGAAAAGAUGUAAAAAGUCCAAGACAGUGGAAGCAAUGGAUGGAGAUUCUGACCUCUUCUCCCCCAAAAGGAGACUGGAGCCCCUCAGUGAGGAUGGGAGUACAGGUGUAGAUGAUCAGAGUCCAGGAAAAAGCCUGGUGCUGAGGCCCUCACAGAAGAAGAAAAGAUGUAAAAAGUCCAAAACAGUGGAAGCAAUGGUGCCACCCAUAGUAAAGGUGAAGAGACCAUGGAGUGAAGCAGAGAGGAGUGCGGUAAACAAACACAUGGCAAAGUUUAUUGCUGAGCGCCGCGUUCCAGGUAAAGAACACUGCAUGUGAUGCAUAAAAGAGGAGGAAGCCUGAUCAUGGAAGGAUGUAAAGAACUUUGUGUACAACACAAAUGUCACAUUAAACCGGAGGAGUGCUACAAGUCAGCUUCACUUUUGACAAUCUUUAUUGUGCAAUGUAAUGUUAUGUUCUAGUUGAUGUCUGCUGCAGUUCUUUUGAUGCUUUGUGCAGUAGUGUUCAAGUGGUGUUUCAAAACCUAGAAAUAAGGGUUGGGCAUCGUUUGGAUAUUAAUGAUUCUGAUUCCAAUUCCGAUUCUUUCUUCUGAUUCCGGUUCUCAUCGA